CGUCAGCAGGCGGCGCGCUGUCCGCACUGCGGCACAGAGCCGCGGCUUGCUCUCAGGAUACGGGUCGCUGGCGGGUUAGGUGGCUGCGCGGCCGACUCACUUCGCGCACGCGCCGCUAGGCUGGGGGAGUCGAUUUGCACUGCUCCGGGUGUCGGCUCGGGUGGGACGGGUGGUUCUGCGUACCCCUCUCCAGUGUCAACCUGGGGCUGAAUCUUCAACCUGUCAAAGCCUUCCUAAUUAUGUCUGAGAAAAGUACUAAAAUAGGUGCCAUUUUAAAUUCCCAGACAAGGAAAAACCAAGGAUUAGAAAUUAAGUAGCUUGCCCAAGGCCACACAUCAGAUCCUGAUUGAGUCAAUGCUUUGCGUUCUCAGUCCUCUGCAUAAAGCUGAGAGAUGCCUACAGCUGAGAGUGAAGCAAAAGUAAAAACCAAAGUUCGCUUUGAAGAAUUGCUUAAGACCCACAGUGAUCUAAUGCGUGAGAAGAAAAAACUGAAGAAAAAACUUGUCAAGUCUGAAGAAAACAUCUCACCUGACACUAUUAGAAGCAAUCCUCACUAUAUGAAAGAAACUGCAAGUGAUGAUCCCGACACUAUUAGAAGCAAUCUUCCCCGUAUUAAAGAAACUACAAGUGAUGAUGUAAGUGCUGCUAACACUAACAAACUGAAGAAGAGCAUGAGAGUCACUAAAAACAAAUUGAGGAACACACAGUCAGCAACUGAAAAUCCUAAUGGUGGUGCUAGUGUAGAGGAAGACAAACAAGGAAAGCCAAAUAAAAAGGUGAUAAAGACGGUGCCCCAGUUGACUACACAAGACCUGAAACCGGAAACUCCUGAGAAGAAGGUUGAUUCUACACACCAGAAAACACAUACAAAGCCACAGGCAGGCGCUGAUCAUCAGAAAAGUGAGAAGGCAAAUGAGGGAAGAGAAGAGAACGUUUUAGAAGAGGAUGAAGAAUUGAUGCAAGCAUAUCAGUGUCAUGUAACUGAAGAAAUGGCAAAGGAGAUUAAGAAGAAAAUAAGAAAGAAACUGAAAGAACAGUUGACUUACUUUCCCUCAGAUACUUUAUUCCAUGAUGACAAAUUGAGCAGUGAAAAAAGGAAAAAGAAAAAGGAAGUUCCAGUCUUCUCUAAAGCUGAAACAAGUACAUUGACCAUCUCUGGUGACACAGUUGAAGGUGAACAAAAGAAAGAAUCUUCAGUUAGACCAGUUUCUUCAGAUUCUCAUCAAGAUGAUGAAAUAAGCUCAAUGGAACAAAGAUCAGAAGACAGCAUGCAAGAUGAUACAAAACCUAAACCAAAAAAAACAAAAAAGAAGACUAAAGCAGUUGCAGAUAAUAAUGAAGAUGUAGAUGGUGAUGGUGUUCAUGAAAUAACAAGCCGAGAUAGCCCGGUUUAUCCCAAAUGUUUGCUUGAUGAUGACCUUGUCUUGGGAGUUUACGUUCACCGAACUGAUAGACUUAAGUCAGAUUUUAUGAUUUCUCACCCAAUGGUAAAAAUUCAUGUGGUUGAUGAGCAUACUGGUCAAUAUGUCAAGAAAGAUGAUAGUGAACGGCCUGUUUCAUCUUACUAUGAAAAAGAGAAUGUGGAUUAUAUUCUUCCUAUUAUGACCCAGCCGUAUGAUUUUAAACAGUUAAAAUCAAGACUUCCAGAGUGGGAAGAACAAAUUGUAUUUAAUGAAAAUUUUCCCUAUUUGCUUCGAGGCUCUGAUGAGAGUCCUAAAGUCAUCCUGUUCUUUGAGAUUCUUGAUUUCUUAAGCAUGGAUGAAAUUAAGAAUAAUUCUGAGGUUCAAAACCAAGAAUGUGGCUUUCGGAAAAUUGCCUGGGCAUUUCUUAAGCUUCUGGGAGCCAAUGGAAAUGCAAACAUCAACUCAAAACUUCGCUUGCAGCUAUAUUAUCCACCUACUAAGCCUCGAUCCCAAUUACAUGUUGUUGAGGCAUUUGAAUGGUGGUCAAAAUGUCCAAGAAAUCGUUACCCAUCAACACUGUACGUAACUGUGAGAGGACUGAAAGUUCCAGACUGUAUAAAGCCAUCUUACCGCUCUAUGAUGGCUCUUCAGGAGGAAAAAGGUAAACCAGUGCAUUGUGAACGUCACCAUGAGUCAAGCUCAGUAGACACAGAACCUGGAUUAGAAGAGUCAAAGGAAGUAAUAAAGUGGAAACGACUCCCUGGGCAGGCUUGCCGUAUCCCAAACAAACACCUCUUCUCACUAAAUGCAGGAGAACGAGGAUGUUUUUGUCUUGAUUUCUCCCACAAUGGAAGAAUAUUAGCAGCAGCUUGUGCCAGCCGGGAUGGAUAUCCAAUUAUUUUAUAUGAAAUUCCUUCUGGACGUUUCAUGAGAGAAUUGUGUGGCCACCUCAAUAUCAUUUAUGAUCUUUCCUGGUCAAAAGAUGAUCACUACAUCCUUACGUCAUCAUCUGAUGGCACUGCCAGGAUAUGGAAAAAUGAAAUAAACAAUACAAAUACUUUCAAAGUUUUACCUCAUCCUUCUUUUGUUUACACGGCUAAAUUCCAUCCAGCUGUAAGAGAGCUAGUAGUUACAGGAUGCUAUGAUUCCAUGAUACGGAUAUGGAAAGUUGAGAUGAGAGAAGAUUCUGCCAUAUUGGUCCGACAGUUUGACGUUCACAAAAGUUUUAUCAACUCACUUUGUUUUGAUACUGAAGGUCAUCAUAUGUAUUCAGGAGACUGUACAGGGGUGAUUGUUGUUUGGAAUACCUAUGUCAAGGUUAAUGAUUUGGAACAUUCAGUGCGCCAUUGGACUAUAAAUAAGGAAAUUAAAGAAACUGAGUUUAAGGGAAUUCCAAUAAGUUAUUUGGAGAUUCAUCCCAAUGGAAAACGUUUGUUAAUCCAUACCAAAGACAGUACUUUGAGAAUUAUGGAUCUCCGGAUAUUAGUAGCAAGGAAGUUUGUAGGAGCAGCAAAUUAUCGGGAGAAGAUUCAUAGUACUUUGACUCCAUGUGGGACUUUUCUGUUUGCUGGAAGUGAGGAUGGUAUAGUGUAUGUUUGGAACCCAGAAACAGGAGAACAAGUAGCCAUGUAUUCUGACUUGCCAUUCAAGUCACCCAUUCGAGACAUUUCUUAUCAUCCAUUUGAAAAUAUGGUUGCAUUCUGUGCAUUUGGGCAAAAUGAGCCAAUUCUUCUGUAUAUUUACGAUUUCCAUGUUGCCCAGCAGGAGGCUGAAAUGUUCAAACGCUACAAUGGAACAUUUCCAUUACCUGGAAUACACCAAAGUCAAGAUGCCCUAUGUACCUGUCCAAAACUACCCCAUCAAGGCUCUUUUCAGAUUGAUGAAUUUGUCCACACUGAAAGUUCUUCAACGAAGAUGCAGCUAGUAAAACAGAGGCUUGAAACUGUCACAGAGGUGAUACGGUCCUGUGCUGCAAAAGUCAACAAAAAUCUCUCAUUUACUUCACCACCAGCAGUUUCCUCACAACAGUCUAAGUUAAAGCAGUCAAACAUGCCGACCGCUCAAGAGAUUCUACAUCAGUUUGGUUUCACUCAGACCGGGAUUAUCAGCAUAGAAAGAAAGCCUUGUAACCAUCAGGUAGAUACAGCACCAACGGUUUUUGGAUUAGGGAUAGUCAAACUGUACCAAUUAAGAAAAUAAAGAUGGCCGGACACAGUGGCUCACGCCUGUAAUCCCAGCACUUUGGGAGGCCAAGGCGGGCAGAUCACAAGGUCAGGAGAUUGAGACCAUCCUGGCCAACAUGGUGAAACCCCAUCUCUACUAAAAUACAAAAAAUUAUCUGGGAAUGGUGGUGCAUGCCUGUAGUCCCAGCUACUCAGGAGGCUGAGGCAGGGGAAUCGCUUGAACCCAGGAGGUGAAGGUUGCUGUGAGCCGAGAUUGCACCACUGCACUUCAGCCUGCCAUCAGAGCAAGACUCCAUCUCAAAAAUAAAUAAAUAAAGGUAAUAUUAAAGUAUUUGAAUUGUGUUGAUGAUUAAUAUAUGCCUCAGUAGCAAAUUGACUCUAUUUUUUAUUUGUAAUAAAUCCCUAUGAUUGAUUUAACAUGUUUGAUAACUUAAUAUGUGGGACUUCAGAAAAGACCAGUACAUGAGGAAUUAGCAUAAUCAUUAAAAAGAACUUGACUGUAGUAUGUAUGUUUCAGUUAUCCUUUAGUAAGUAUGCUAAAAGAGUAGCCAUAACAUGAUAUAAAUUUUAUUCUUUAGUAUUAAAAAAUUAAAGAAUGGCAUUUAAGAAAAAUUUAUUAUUUUAAUGUAUUUGAAUAAUCAGUCCUUUUUGAUGUAUUUUUCUGAGGAAGGAUUGGCUACUCUUCUCCUUCUGUGUCUCUACUACAAACUAAGGAUGUUACUACCUCUCUCCCCGACAGCCCCUGGCUUGCCAACACUUAAUCUUUGCCCUUUCUCCAUAACCUCUAAAUAGAAUCAUAAGUCUGUUCAUUAUUAUUACCCAGUGCCCUCUGGUCCCAGACCAGGACAAGUAAAGUCUGAUUUUCACAGAAAUGUAAUUUUACCUAAUUUCCAUCCUUGAACCUAUAUUCUCUUAUUUUCUUUAAAGGGCUUAGGAGAAGAAAAUGUUUAGGAUAGGGAGGAAAAAAAGGAGUCUAAAAAUUAUCAAAGUGGAAUAUUUGUAGGCCCAAAUUUUGUAUUCUACUGACCCAAAAAAAGAAGAGAUACCAUGAUUUAAGUAUCUGUUAGAGCCUGAGAAAAAUACAGAAAGGGAGUGGGCCAGGAUUUUAGAAUAGCUGAGGCUGGAACACUGAGUGACUUCUCAACCCCAGACCUAACCCUCAGUUCCCAGCUUACUUCUUUACCCAUUUUCACGCCCACGUUCCUCUUGCUCCAAGUACUGCCAUGAAUGGCAGUUCUAGGAGAGUGGUAUAUGCUAGUUGCAGCCAUUAAAUGGGUGAGGGAAGUGAGCAAAUGAGAAUUUAUCAGACCUCUUUUCAAGGGAAAGAUAUGUUUGUUUUUUUUCAGAGACAGAGUCUCGCUCUGUUGCCCAGGCUGGAGUGCCGUGGUGCAAUCUCAGUUCACUGCAAUGUCCGUCUCCCGAGUUCAAGCAGUUCUCCUGCCUCAGCCUCCUAAGUAGCUGGGAUUACAGGCGUCCACGACCACGCCCAGCUAAUUUUUGUAUUUUUAGUAGAGAUGGGGUUUCACCGUGUUGGUCAGGCUGGCCUCAAACUCCUGACCUCGUGAUCCGCCCACCUCGGCCUCCCAAAGUGCUGGGAUUACAGGCAUGAGCCACCGCGCCCGGCCGAUAUGUUUCUUAACAUUCCAAGUUGGAAUUCUAAAUGAAGUUUUCAGUAAAUAUAUGGUUAUGGUCAAUCAAACUUGAGUUUGAUUCUAUUGUACUAUAAUACAAUCCAGUGUCCCUUCGGUAAAUAAAGAUCAGCCUGAGAACAAAACCACCUCUGUCCCUUUGUUCCAUGUCACCUCUCACUCUCUUUUUAAUUCACUUGUUUCCUUUUUGUUUUUCAUUUACUACAUGAACUUUGAUUUUUUUGUUUGGGUUUUUUUUUCUUUCUUACAAAUAGUACCAUAUUUGUUUUUUUGAGAUACCUUUAAUAGAAAGUGAAAAAAAUCUCCACAUGACGUGACACCCCCUUCAUCAAAAAGAAUCAAACCUCUAUUUUUAACUGUCUAUAAUCACUUAAUUUUUUUGGCAUGCUGAGCUCUUCAUUUUGUUUAUACCUCAGAGUACAUUUUCUAGUUGUUCUUCAAGAAUUAGAAAAUGGGAAGUGAAUUAUCUGAGUCUGCAUAUUUUUAAAUACUUGUCAAUUGCCUUUACUAUUAGACAGCUUGCCAAGAUUUUUAAUUACUUGAACUUAACCUUUUCUCCUCAAAACAUUGUGGAAGUUGAUUAUCUUUGCAUUCUGGCGUUUAGUAUUGCAGAAGAGACAUUGGACAUCAGACUGCUAGUCAUUCUCUUGUGUAAGGAACCUAUGUGGCCUGCUCGUAUAUUAUAGAUAUUGGUUUAUUUUCUUUAUACCUAAUGUCCUAGGUCAGAUUUGAUGGUUAAAUGUGUGGCUUUCUUUUCACUAAUUUUUGUCCUGAAUGAUAUUCAUUCAGACACUGUACUAUUGAUAAUAGAAAAAGUAAAUAAGACAUGAGAUAAUCAUGAUGUUAGAUUAUAUGAAAAGACUUACAUCAUGCCACUUUAAGAAUUAGUCCCUCUGCACCUGCUUAUCACCUAUAGUAAGUUAAGGAUAAUAUCAGCCCAGAUUAAUCAGAGGUUAUUGUCUGAACCCUAAAAGGCAGGUGUAAAAGUUAGUUAAUUGUUAAGUCAGCACAAGUUUGAGUCCUGUAUUUACUUUAAAUGAAGGACUUAUUUGCAAAUCAAAGGGAAAUGGCAACUAGCAUAAGGAAGUAUUCCCCCUGGAACAUAGUUAAAACAUAUCUACCUUUCAGUGUACAGUCAUAUGCGUGGCAAAUCCCAUAGCUUUCAUAUUUUCUGGCAGAAUUAAUAUACAUGUAAAAUACAUUGAAACGUGAUAAGUCAUACUGAAUAUAUAAUUUCUAGUGUCUUGGGGAGUACUGUUUUUGAAUCUCUUCCAGUGAAAACUAAUAUGAUAAAAUUCAAAUGACAUCAAUAUGGCCUAUUCGAAUGAAUAACUUAAAUUUUUGUAAAGCUCCUACAUUCCAAACUUGUAACACUAAUAUUAAUAUUUUUAGUUUUUAUUCAGUGACCCUGUAACCCCGGUAGAGAGAACAAAGCUUCUUUUAGCAAAUGGAUUUUGGGCAGUAUAUAAAAUUACAGCUUGAAUUUUCACAGAGGCCUACAACAGGUUGAAAUAAAAUUCAGACUGUCUCAUCAGGAUUAUACCAACUAUGAAAUGCUUGCCAUGUGUCUUAAGUAUUCCUUUAAUUAUUAGAAUUUAAAGCAUUCUAACCUGAUUGGAAAUUUAAAUGUUGAUUCGUUAUUCUUCGUAUUUAUAAGACCAAUUUUAAAAGCUAUUAAUUUAUUCCUUCUGCAGUUACCCUUCUUCAAAGUUUUCUAAGGGCUGAAUGAAUUUUUGUCACAUGGUAUUUCAUCAGUAGUAAACUUUAAUAUGCGUUAGACUUAUUAUUCUGAAAUAUUUCUGAGAUGUUUGUAAUGUUGUUUGCAAUUAACACUAAACUUAUUCAUAAAUGUACUGAUCUGAAUCAUAUAAAUUAAAUUUUAUCCUGAAUCUCUUGCAUUGUAUAAUAUCUGUACUUACUCAACAGCUGCUGGGUUGUUAUUGUUGUUAGAUUGUUAUCAUUGUUUAGCCCAUUCUGUAGAUUCACAAGAUUGCUACCUAUUGCAGUAUUAUACUUUUGUAUACUUUAUACAUAUAUUCAUGUAAAAUAUGGCUGUUUCAUAUUUUAACGUAAUAUUUGGGACAGCUUGUAUGUAGGUACAUGUAUGAGUUUAAGUGAAAUGUCCUUUAUUCAAAGGAAGCACUUUAUUUUCUACAAUCUAUUGCAUUUUCCAAGAAUUCAUAGUAUGUAAACUGGGGUGAAUGGGCCCCUAUAAAACUCAUAAAAUAGAACCCAUGGCCAAUCUCUUCCUGUAGGUAAUUGCAGGGUGGAGAGGGAACUGAUAAACUAUAUAAGCUUUUAUAACUUGUCAUAAAAGAACUUGUUUUCACUUAUCAAUAAAGUAGCAAUUCAAAGCAGUUCUAUUGAAAUUCAAAUAUAAAUGCAAAAUAGGUUCUCUUUAACAACCACUUGUAGUCUUCCGUAAUAUAACAUGUUUAAGUAUAAGCACAUCAGUUUAUUUCUCCAGACAUUGUAAAUUAUGAAGCUUAUGUUGAUUUUUUUCCCAUUAGCAUACUCCACUGGCAUUUAUGUUUUUCUUAGACUUUUUUCCCUCCAUUUCUCUUUUGGUUUUGCUAAAUUUUUCUACCUGAAAAACUCUUAAAAUUCUGAAAAUUUUAUAUUACUGGAAGAUAUAACAGCAGCAUAAAUUGAAUUUUCUAAAUUGUCAAGAAACAUGAGGUAUACAAUAUACAUAGGAUAGUACCAUACCUAGCACUGGUGAGGUGUAGAAAUACUAUGGGAAAAAUAGAAAUACCAAAAAAAAAAAAAAACCACAAAACAUGGUUUUAUAGGUCUUUA